AUGGAAGACGAUAACAUGGAAAAUUUUGUCAGUUAUACAAAUAUUCUAUUGCUUUCACACGAGAAAUUGAUGAACAACAACCAUACUGAUGCCAAAGUGGACAUAGACAACUUGCUUGCAGAGGUUCAUAUUCCUUCUUCCCUCUUUUAUCUAUCACAAGAAAUUAUUAAUUACGGUGUAAAGAUGUGGAUUGAUACAAAUCAUAAUUUCAGUGUAAAAGUGGAUGUUAAUAUUUUUGUUGAUGAAUUACCUAUUGAACCACCUAAUAAUAAUGAUGGCAAUGAUGAUGGCGAAGAAGAUAAUGAGUAUGAAUAUGAGUAUGAGAUAGAUGAUAUCGCUAUCGGAUUCAUGCCAGCAAGUGAAAAUUCGCUCGAGAGAUUGGAGGAAGUGCAAAUUAAGGAUGAUCCAGUUUUUUGUUCAAUUUGUUUAGAUAAUAUUUUGGUUGACUCGAAAGUUACCAAGUUACCAUGCGCACAUAGCUAUCAUGAAGAAUGUAUUGUUAAGUGGCUGCAAAUUAGCAAAUUUUGUCCAUUGUGUCGAUUUGAGGUAGCUUAG